AUGAUAGAAGAAUUGACUAAAAGGUUAAUUGAACUAGAAUUAGAUUCUAAAAAGAAAUCUGUAGCUCCUUUAACUAAGGAACUUGAUAUGAUUGAAGAAUUAACUAAAAGAUUAAAUGAUCUUAAUCUAGCUCCUUUAAUUAGCAAGGAAGAGUCAGAAACUUCUGAAUCUGAGUCAUCUAAUGAAGAUGAUAACACAGAAAUUAAUAAGAUUGAAUCAAUUCUAAAAGAAUCAGAACACCCAGUGGAAAUAAACAGGAUUGUUUACCCUAAACCUAGGGCCAUGGUAGAAAUGAAGCCUUACUAUCCUAGGCCAUCUCCAAUUAAUUUACAAUUUGAAGAUACAAGUUAUAAUUACGUACAAUAUGAUGGAACUUCAAUUGUAGAAUGGAACAUAGAUGGACUUUCUGAUUAUCAAAUAAAAAAUAUUAUCCAGUUUAUGACCAUGUACGCCAUGGCUACAAGAACCAAAGGAAAUACUGAUCAGGCAAUAGCGAAAGCCAUUAUAGCUGGCUUUACCAGCCAACUAAGAGGUUGGUGGGACUUUUCCUUAUCUGAAGAAGGAAAAGCGCAAGUUCUUAACGCUGUCAAAACAGAAUUACGAACAGAAGGUGCCACUAUGGUCUCGGAUUGUGUCAAUACCUUGUUAUACACCAUAGGUAUGCACUUCAUAGGAUCGGCUAGCUUAUACAUGGAUAGGUCCCAGGAAGAGUUAAUGAACUUAAGAUGUCCUGAUCUGUCUCAUUUUAAAUGGUAUAAAGAUGCCUUUUUUGCCCUUAUCUUUACUAGGGAAGAUAAUCAAUUUGACUUUUGGAAAGAAAAAUUUCUUUCUAGGUUACCCUCGUUAUUUGCUGAACGAGUUAAGAAACAAAUUAGAGACAAAAAUAGUGGAGCCCUUCCAUAUAACCAUUAUACUUAUGGAGAACUAGCCUCAGAAGUAGUUUCUACAGGAGUAGCAUUAUGCAAUGAAUUAAAAAUUCAUAGACAAAUGAAAAAGAAAAAACUCACUGGUAAAAGAAUACUCGGUGAUUUCUGCGAACAAAUAGGACUUCCACCCAUAACUUUUCCUUAUAAAGGAAAAGUUAAAGGGGGCAGGAGAAUAAGAAAAUGUAAAAAGAAAACCUAUAGUACUAAAAGUUAUUAUAAGAAAGAAAAAGGUGAAUCAUCUAAUAGAAAAACUCCAAAAAAGAAAACAAAAUCUUCUAAAAAGAAGAAAAAAGAGUCUGAAGUAGUCUGUUAUAAAUGCGGAAAAACAGGACACUACGCUAAUAGGUGUAGAGUAAAACAGCAAAUACAAGCUCUGUCAAUCAGUGAAAAUCUUAAAGAAUCAUUGACAAAAAUAUUCUUAAAUGAUAGUGAACCUGAAGACUUAGAAGUUAAUGCGAUAGACUAUACUUCUGAAGAAUCUUCUAGUGAAUCUGAUAAAUAA